AAAACAACUGUAAUACAUAUACAUACAGAUAAAAAAUUCAGCUUUUUGAACUAGUGCACUAAAGUCUUUUGAAUCGACUCAUUGUAUAUUGUUUACAUGCUGUAUUUGUGAUUUGUUUAUCUUCUGCUAAACGAAGAAAUAUGACAGGAAGAGGCGUACAAAAGAUCAAUAUAAUGAAUUUAAUUCUUAAGUAAUGUAUCGAACAAUGUUAAACCUACUUAAUACUUUCUGUAUUCUGCAAAUUUGCAUUUAAAAAAUAAUUUCAUGAGUAAUGGCAGAUUCAAAUUUAAGCAACGAUCCUGAUCUUACAAACUCGACCGCUUUUCUUUGUGGAAUCGGCACUUUCAAACCAAAAUUUCUCCAAAGAUUUGCAAAUGCCAAAUGUUUCCUUGUAUUUUUUUGCCUUAUUGGUAUUUUACAGGGUGCUUAUUUCACAUAUUUCAUUGGGAUUUUAACUACUCUCGAAAAGCGUUAUUCAUUUGAUAGCUCUGUUACUGGAAUUAUAUUAAUUGCUGAUAAUAUUAGUCCCGCAUUAUUUGGAAUCUUUCUUGGAUACUAUGGAAAAUUUGCGCAUAGACCCAAAUUAGUAACAUUUGGAAUGAUGAUUACUGUUCUGAGUUGUUUUCUCAGUGCCUUACCAUAUUUUUUGUUUGGAUCAGAUACAAAACUUACUAUUUUAUCCAAAAAUAACGAAGCCCAAUUGUGUAAUGAGUAUAAUAGUUUAGCGUCAGAACACUGUCAAAGGUCAUCCCAGAAUACUCUCGCCAUUUCUAUACUUUUUUUAGCAAACUUUUUAAAUGGUUUUGGCUCAAUGGCAUACUAUGCUAUAGGUACUCCUUACAUGGAUGAUAAUGUUAAAAAGAAGAACUCUCCCUUGUAUUUAGGUGCAACCUUUGCUCUUAGAAUUGUUGGACCUACAUUGGGAUUUAUGCUUUCUUCAUUUUGUCUGAAAUAUUAUGAAAAUCCCUCUGUUGAUCCUGGAUUCAAUAAUAAUGAUCCUAAAUGGAUUGGUGCAUGGUGGAUUGGAUUUAUCAUCCUCGGUUUGGCUAUUUUUGCAGCAUCUUUUCCUUUGGCAUUUUUUCCACGGCAACUGGCUCACACUUCAGCAUCCAAUGAAAUAAAUUGUACAAUUUCAAAGUCUGUUUGCAAUGAUUUAAUACAGUCAUUAAGAAAAUUACUGAAAAAUCCUAUUUUAUUUUUUCACACAUUGAGCAUUACGUUUCAAAUAAAUGGAUUAUUUGGAUACUUUGUGUUCAUGCCAAGAUACAUGGAAAGUCAGUAUCGUAAAUCAGCAGCUGCUGCCAAUUUUUUUUCAGGAUCAGUCACUUUAGUAGCCAUGGUGGUCGGAGUAUUUUUAGGUGGAUAUUGUAUUAAAAAGUUUAAACCCAGGCCAAGAUUCCUUGUUGGUUACAUGCUCUCCAUUGAAAUAUUUGCAGGGAUUGUCCUUUUUGCUGCAAUUUUCAUGGGCUGUGAAACAACUCCGAUGCAAAUAAAACCUAAUGUAAUACAUUCCUUGCAUCAGAAAGAAUGUAACUACAAUUGUUCUUGCAAUACUGACAUUUUCAGCCCUAUCUGUGAUAAAAAUAACUUUGUUCAUUUUUCACCUUGUUCUGCUGGUUGUCAGAGUUUUAUCAAAGAAAAUAAACAAAAAAUUUAUCAAAAUUGUUCUUGUAUUAUCCCCGAUGAUGAAAAUUUAAAAGAACCUGAAGCUAAAAGUGGAUUUUGCUUUGUUGACUGUGCCAUGUUUUUACCUUACAUCAUCAUUGUUAGUUUGGCAAAAAUGUUUUCUUCUACAUCUCGAGUUGGAAAUGUUUUAAUUACACUCAGAUGUGUGGAUGAAAAAGAUAAGACUUUGGCAUUAGGUGCCGUUGAAUUUGUUAUUUCUAUUUUUGCUACUAUUCCUUAUCCUCUUCUGUACGGAUAUGUGAUCGAUAAAGCUUGUAUUUUGUGGAGUAGAAAAUGUGGGCAAGAUGGAAACUGUUGGCUUUAUGAUAAUGAUCUUUUUAAAUAUUACCUCCACAGUAUGUCUGUAUGUUUUAUUUUUCUUGCAGUGUGCUGUGAUCUUGUGGUAUUUUUUAUGAGUUCGAGAAUGAAGAACUUUUAUUCUCCCCAUAAAGAAAAUGGAGAGAAUAAUGCACUUCAAGAUAUGUCGCCUGAUGCUGAUGCUCUAGUAGGAUGAGUAAUUGUUAAAUACAUAUAAUUCUUCUACUUCUAAAAUCAUCAUUAUUAUUAUUAGAAUAUGCAUUUUAGAAUACUUUAAACUUAAUGCAAAUUGCUUAUUUUAACAAAUUAAAGCUAUAAUGUUUCAAAUUUUAAAAUUAUAUUAAAUAAUUUUUAACAAAUUUGUUUGAAAUUUAAGCAAAUAAUAAUGGUUUGUCUAUAGAUAUACUGAUAAAUUGUUAUUAUUAUUUUUAUAUAUUAUUAUCACUUAAAAGAUUGAGGAUGGAGUUGACACUUAAUAUUGUUUGCGGUGAAAAAAAGUAGUUAUUUUUUGUCAAACUUCAGCAACUUUUAACAGUUUAAUAUGAAACUUUACUUUUAACAAUUUAAUGAAAAGUGUUAAAAUUCAACGUAACAUUUAACAUUCUGUAACACUAACAUUGUAACAUUUUAACAUUCUGACUUCUCAAAACUCUCAAAAAUGAGAUUAUCUGUCAAUAAAUGUUUAAUUGUCUAGGAUUAGGAAUGAAAUACUAGUGUUAUUAACAGAUUUGUUAAAAUGUUUUUCUUAAAAAAAUGACAUUUUUUUCAAUAGUUAUUUUAAAAAUAAAUGUUUUGUGUAUUUUAACAAGUGUAAUUAAAAUUUAGAGAAAUUUAAAUUCCAUAAUUUUUCUAGAAUUUGUGAAACAUUUAAAGUGCAAAUAUUUUUUUAUAGAUGUAUCAAAGCUUAAAUUAUGCAGAAUUAAUCAAAGUUUAUAUUUAAAGCUUUCAAAUUUUACUCUUUAGAUUAUAUAUUUGUUUAUAAGUGUAUAAAAUUUUAAUUCAUGCAAAAUUAAUCAAAGUUUAUAUUUAAAGCUUCCAAGUGCUAGUGUACUUGUAUAUUAAAGUUCAAAUCAUGUGAAUUUUUUUGUUUAAGGCUAUCAAGCUGGAAAUAAAUAUAAAUGCCUUAAAUGAUUUUUAAAUAUUUACAAAAAUUGCCA